AUGGGUAGAAGAAAGAUUGAAAUAGAACCAUUGACAGACGAUAGAAAUCGUACAGUGACUUUUGUGAAGCGUAAGGCAGGGUUAUUUAAAAAAGCUCAUGAAUUAGCUGUGCUCUGUCAAGUGGAUUUAACGGUUAUUAUCGUUGGCAAUAAUAAUAAAGUAUAUGAAUAUUCUACUGUUGAGGCAAAUGAGAUUUUUAAUGCCUAUAAUAAAACCAUUAAAGUCAGAAAACAAGUACAUGAAUCGAAGUCUCCAGAAUAUUAUUCGAAAUUUAGAAAGAAACGACAUUUAAAUGAACCACUUAUGAAUAAAUCAGGGUCUGUAGUUGGCACUAAUACACAUUUGAACGAUGAAGACUAUGAUCAUAAUGUUCAUGAAGCGGGCGAUGAGGAUUCGGAAUAUGAAAGCGAUGAUAAUUCUCCACAACCUAAACGGCACAAAAGAUCAGAGUCGGUUAAAAAAGAGCAAAACCCCAAAGUGUUUAAUAGUACCCAACCUCCACCACCGCCUCCACCACCUCAUAUAUCUUUAAAUAAUGUUCCAACAUUUACCAACCCCCAAAAUUACAAAAAACAGAUUGAUGAGACAAAUAACACUUCGGCACCGCCCGCUACUGGGACAAAAAAUGAACCAACGAUGCAACGACCAGUAUUGAGGGUACAAAUACCGAAUGAUGCCAAGAGCAAUACGAAUAAUUCCCAUAGUGGUGUUAAUAAUAGUGAUGGCAAGGACACGGCGAGAACAGUGACGGCAGUCGACAAUAGUGCAACCAACCAAAACACUCAAUCGAGCAAUACAACAUCAGGUACAGGGACUGCUGAUACCAAUUCAUCGCAACUAAAUUCAAAUGGUAAUAGUAAUUUAGUGCCUGCGAAUGUUCCAAAUACCAGGUUUUCGGGAUAUUCAUCGUUUCGAUCACCAGACUCACGAAAACCAACACUACCGUUACCUUUGCAAACCAAAUCACAAACGUCAUCUCCAGCUAGUGCUGUAGCACCAGGUUUACCAUUGACAGGAGGAAGCAAUGCAUAUUUUGCAGGAAUGCAACAAUCACCCGUGGGUGGUUCGUAUGUCAAUUAUCCAGCCCAAGUAUAUCAGCAGUAUCAACAGUUCCAAAAUCAACUACAACUACAAGAACAACAACAGCAACAGCAAAAACAACAAUCUCAGCCGCAGCCAUCAUCGCAACUGGUUGGAAAUCAAAAUGCACAAUUGGAAUCAGCAGCACGAUUCCGUUCUGGUUUACCGACAGGGACACAAUUUAAUAAUGGUGAACAAACACCAAUUUCAGGAUUGCCAUCACGAUACGUUAAUGAUAUGUUCCCCUUCCCAUCUCCAUCAAACUUUCUUGCACCUCAAGAUUGGCCAUCAGGUAUAACACCAACUACUCAUCUACCACAGUAUUUUGUGAAUAUGCCAUUGAGUGGAAUUGGACUGCAACAACUGCAACAACAACAACAACAACAACAACAACAACAACAACAACAACAACAACAACAACAACAACAACAACAACAACAACAACAGCAACAACAGCAACAACAGCAGCAGAAUGCCCAACAGCAACUGCAAGUACCUGUUAUCCCAAUACAAACACAAACAUCACAACAAAUGGCUUCAACUACCAAUCACAAAUCAGCUAAUCUAAUACCAGGGUUUUUACAAAACCCAACACAAGCCACUGGAAAUUCGGCAAAUGCUUCCAAGCUGAGUGAUGCUGGUGAUGGUACUAAUCCAACCACAGCAGGAAGUUCAAGUUCAGCAGAUGUCAAUAACACCAACAAUGGACCUAAUAAAAAUACAUAA